AUGUCCGGCGGCGGCCACGUGCCCAGGGGCCCGCGGAUCCUGGGGAGGCUCACGGUCGAUCUAGUGAUGUCCAGCCCGCAGUACAUGAACACCUGCCGGGAGUACGAGAUCGACUUGAGAGGCAACCGCGUGACGGUGAUCGAGAACCUGGGCGUGACGAAGAACCAGUUCGACUCGAUGGACCUCUCGGACAACUCGGUCGUCAAGCUCGAGGGCUUCCCGCUCCUCCCGCGCCUCCGCUGCGUGUACCUGAACAACAACCGCCUCGUGCGCAUCGCCAAGGACCUGCACCAGAGCCUGCCCAACCUGGAGACGCUCAUCCUGACGAACAACAGCCUCACGCGGCUCCAGGACGUCGCGAACCUCGCGCCGCUCGCCAAGCUCAAGCACCUCUCGCUGCUCGACAACCCCGUGUCGCGCAAGCCCGGGUACCGCCUGUUCGCGGUGGCGUGCCUGCCGCAGCUGCGGUGGCUGGACUUCAAGAAGGUGACGCAGCGGGAGCGGGAGGCGGCGGCGAAGGAGUUCGGCGCGGAGGGCGCGAAGGAGGCGGCGGUGGAGCGCGACGCGGCGGGCGGCGCAGCGGUGGCGGGCGGCAAGACGUUCACGCCCGGGGAGGGGGUGCCGGAGGAGGUGGCGGCGGCGAACGGGGCGGGGGAGGGCGGGGCGCGGCGGCCGCCGACGGCGGAGGAGCUGACUGCGAUAAAGGCGGCGAUUGCCGGCGCGGCGACGCUGGAGGAGGUCGAGAGGUACGAGGGGGCGCUGGCGACGGGGGUGCUGCCGUCGGACCUGGCGGAGAAGCUCAAGGGGGCGGGGGCGCGGAUGGAGACGGACUAG